UAUGUUGUGUAGAUCUAGAGUAGGCUCCUUUUUCCUGACGCGAAGCACCCGGCGAGGUUGCCGCACACGUUUUCCGUGGCCCUAUUUUAGCAAACCUGGAUUUUAUAACCUUUCAACGAGAACAAACACACGAUAACAACAUUUCCAGAACGACAUAACUCCUUCCAGCGAUGUCUCGUUUCUUCGCCACCGGGUCUGACAGCGAGUCAGAGGAGUCGUCAUCCGCCGAUGAGAUCACCCCUAAAGCGCCCGGAACGACCUUCAAGCAGUCGCUGCUCCUUAGUGACGAUGAGGAGGAUACUAAAAGAGUGGUGCGUAGCGCCAAAGACAAAAGGUUUGAAGAGUUGACCAACUUCAUAAAGACAAUCCGCAACGCCAUGAAGAUCCGUGACAUGUCCAAGUGUCUGGAGGAGUUCGAGCAGCUGUGUCGGGCCUUCCUGAAAAGCAAGAACAUAGUGGACAAAGAAGGAGUUCCUCAGUUCUACAUCCGCCUGCUGGCUGACCUGGAGGAUUACCUCAACCAGCUCUGGGAGGACAAAGAGGGCAAGAAGAAGAUGAACAAGAACAACGCGAAGGCCCUGAGCACCCUGCGCCAGAAGAUCCGCAAAUACAACCGAGACUUUGAAACUGAAAUUGCUGCUUACAAGGAGAACCCACAGGAGUCUGCAGAUGAAGAGGAGGAGAAGGAGCAGGAGGACUCUGGCUCCUCGUCUGAGAGCGACGACGAUGAUGACGACGACGUGGGGGAGGAAGUGUCGGCAAAAUCCUUCCUGAAGAAAAAACCCGAAGGCCCCUCAGAAGCGAGCAAAUUCCUCAAGUCUGCCAAGGGCUCUGGGGACGAGUCGACUUCUAGUGAUGAAGACGACGAUGAUGAAGACUGGGGUGGCGACACCGAGGAGAGCGGCAGCGAGAGCUCGGAUGACGAGGAAGGGAAGAGCAAAUCUCUGGCCACUGUUUUCCUCAAGAAGGUGGCCGGCGCCGACAAAGCCGGCAUCAAGAAGGGCGAGAAGAAGAAGAAGCUGCCGAAGAAAGACCGAGGUGGGGAUCUGCAGGAGGGCGAAGGAGACGAAGAGGGUUGGGAGAAGGUUAAAGGAGGCGUCCCUCUGGUCAAGGAGAAACCAAAGAUGUUUGCUAAAGGCACAGAGAUCAACGUUCCUGUGGUGGUGAAGAAGCUCAAUGAGAUCCUGCAAGCAAGAGGCAAAAAGGGAACAGACAGGGCUGCUCAGAUUGAGCUGCUCCACGCUCUGGAAGUCAUCGCUGCUGAGAAUAAUCUGGGCCAAGGAAUCCUGGUCAAGAUCAAGUUCAACAUCAUCGCCUCUCUGUAUGAUUACAACCCCAACCUGGCAGCCUUCAUGAAGGCCGACAUGUGGAAGAAAUGCCUGGAUUGCAUCGACGAGCUGCUGGACAUCCUGUUUGAAUACAACAACAUCUUCAUCGGGGAAAACAUCGCAGAGGACAGCGAGAGUCUGAUCAUCUCCGAUCAGCCUUUCAGGGUGCGCGGGUGUGUCCUGACGCUGGUGGAGAGGAUGGACGAAGAGUUCACCAAGAUCAUGCAGAACACCGACCCUCAUUCACAAGAGUACGUGGACAACCUGAAAGACGAAGGUCGGGUUUGCGGCAUCAUCGACCGGCUGCUCUCCUACUUGGAGAACAAAGGAUCCACAGAGGAGAUCUGCCGCGUCUACCUGCGGAGAAUCAUGCACACCUACUACAAGUUCGACUACAAAGCCCACCGCCGCAGCCUCGGCCUGCAGGGAGAAACCAAGUCGGAGCAGGACCAGGAGGAGAGCGAAGGCGAGGACAGCGCCAUCAUCAUGGACCGCCUCUGCAAGUUCAUCUACGCCAAGGACCGCACCGACCGCAUCCGGACCUGCGCCAUCCUGUGCCACAUCUACCACCACGCCCUGCACUCACGCUGGUACCAGGCCCGCGACCUGAUGCUCAUGAGCCACCUGCAGGACAACAUCCAGCACGCCGACCCCCCCGUGCAGAUCCUGUACAACAGAACCAUGGUCCAGCUGGGCAUCUGCGCCUUCAGACAGGGGAUGAUUAAAGACGCCCACAACGCUCUGCUGGACAUCCAGUCAUCGGGCCGAGCCAAGGAGCUGCUGGGGCAGGGGCUGCUGAUGAGGAACAUGCAGGAGAGGAACGCUGAGCAGGAGAAGAUCGAGAAGAGAAGACAGGUUCCUUUCCACAUGCACAUCAACCUGGAGCUGCUGGAGUGUGUGUACCUGGUGUCGGCCAUGUUGCUGGAAAUCCCCUACAUGGCUGCCCACGAGUUCGACGCCCGGCGCAGGAUGAUCAGCAAGCAGUUCCACCACCAGCUCCGAGUGGGAGAGAGGCAGCCACUGCUGGGACCUCCGGAGAGCAUGAGGGAACACGUGGUGGCAGCCAGCAAGGCCAUGAAGAUGGGCGACUGGCGCACCUGCCACUCGUUCAUCAUCAAUGAGAAGAUGAACAGUAAAGUGUGGGACCUGUUUCCUGAGACGCAGCGAGUCAGAGAGAUGCUCGUCAGGAAGAUCCAGGAGGAAUCCCUGAGGACGUACCUGUUCACCUACAGCAGUGUGUACGACUCCAUCAGCAUGGAGACUCUGUCUGAGAUGUUUGAACUGGAGAUCCCAACCGUUCACAGUAUUAUCAGCAAGAUGAUCAUCAAUGAGGAACUGAUGGCGUCGCUGGACCAGCCCACGCAGACGGUGGUGAUGCACCGCACAGAGCCCACCUCCCUGCAGAACAUGGCUCUGCAGCUGGCAGAGAAACUGGGCAGCCUGGUGGAGAACAACGAGCGGAUCUUCGACCUGAAGCAGGGCGUCUACGGAGGAUACUUCAACAGAGAUCAGAAAGGCGGAUAUCAGCAGAAGCAGCCGUACCAGAGAGAUCAGAAAGGCGGCUACCAGCAGAAGCAGGGCGGCUACCAGCGAGGAGGCUACAGGAAUCAAAACCAGAGCAACUACUGAACUUAGAAAUUGUGCUGGGAUUUUUUUGUCACUUUUUCUACCUGGAGUAAUUUUCAUUCCACAACACCAACAACAACCAAUGGAAAAAUGGUUUCAGUUUAUCCUGAAUCAGCUGAAACUUCCUUCAUUAAAGCUAUGAAAUGUCUCAACAAUACCACCAUUCAGUACCGAACCCUGAAGAUUUUCUCCUCUGUAGCAAAGCAGCGUGGUCAAUUAGAACAUGUUAACUAUUAUUUACUUAGGAAAACAGUAAUAAAGGAAAAAAAUAAACACUG